AUGCUCAAGGUCUGCAUGAAGGACCUCAUCGCUAAGGAACUCGCCAUCCAUGGUGCGCAGCAUCAGACGGGACAAGAAGUCGUCCUUCGUUCCAUCUCGACCAAACCAAUCGAGUUCACCGCCAACAGCGUGCGCCGGUGGCACGGCGACCACAUCCGCCCGAAUGAACUCCGCGUCCACCUAACGUCCGAAGACAUCGUAGUCACGCACACCCUCUCGCUCACGACCAGGUCGACAUGCUGCGCCGUCAAGCGAUACCUGGAGCGCUUCUGCGGGUACGACUACGACAAGAUCGAGUGA